AUGAAUCACGAUGAUGGCGAUGACCGGUCAUCGUCCACACCGAAUGGUACAUCCAAGCAGUCGGUCCAAGACAAAGACAAGCCUCGUCUUACCGACCAAGAAAAGAAAAGCAACCACAUUGCCUCGGAGCAAAAGCGACGCGCAGCAAUUCGCGAAGGCUUUGAUCGCCUAACAGAGCUGGUCCCUGGUCUCGAGGGCCAGGGCCGAAGCGAGAGCAUUGUUCUACAGAAGACGGUGGACUUCAUUCACGUCAAGCUCCAAGAGCGACACGACCUCAUCGCCGAAAUCGAGAGCAAAGGAGGCCAUGUGGAUGAUUCUUUCCGACCUUCAUGA